AUGCCCCCGAUGGCCUCGGACCCGGGACCCUCCGGGAAUGCAGCCACCUGGACGGUGUCCGACCUCUUGCGCUUCUCCCCGCCCUGCUCACCGGCCCCACCUCCUCGCCGCCCCGCCUGGCAUCGUUACCGCCUCUCGGAGAGCAUGAAGGGGCUGCUGGUGGCCCUGCUGGGGGGCGGCGUGCCCGCCGGCUUUGUGGCCCCCUUCAGCCGCAGCGUCAACGAGGUUUCGGGGAUGCCCUCCCUGGAGAUCCUGUUCUUCCGCUGCUGUCUCCACCUGCUCUUUGCUGGCUACCUGCGCUACCAGAAGGUGCCGUGCUUCGGGCCCUCGGAGGUGCGCCAGCGGACCCUGUUCCAUGCCUCGGUCAACGUCAUCUCCAUCGCCUGCGCCUACAGCUCCUUCAUGAUGGUGCCCAGCGGCAACGCGGCCACCGUGCGCAAAGGGUCCUCCACCAUCUCCUCCGUGGUGCUGGCCUUGUGCAUCGAGAACAGCCGGCUGACCGGCUACGACUGGUUCGGGCUGGUGGGCAGCACGCUGGGCUUGAUCAUCAUGGUGGUGCCGGAUCUGUUGAGUUUGGACAAGAGCACCCAGGUCUAUGACACCUUCGGCUACGUCUUGGCCUGCUCGGGAGGCAUGGCGUUGGCCGUGGGGCUGGUGAUUUUCCGAUCGCUGGACUUCCCGGCCAAGCUGACGACGGUGGCCUUCCUCUUUGGCUUGGUGGGAAGCUUGGUCUGCUUGCCGAUGAUGUUCCUCCUCCAGGAGCCGGUGAUGGUGCUGAAUCCGCUCACCUGGAUGUACGUGGUGGCCAUCAGCCUCCUGGCUCUUUUCUCCUUCUUGUGCGCCAGCUACGCGGUGACCAAAGCACACCCGGCUUUGGUGUGCGCUGUCUUGCACUCUGAAGUGGUGGUGACCCUGGCCAUCCAGUACUACGUGCUACAGGAGGCCGUCACGCCCUUCGACAUCAUGGGGGCCGGCAUCAUCUUGAGCAGCAUCACCAUCAUCACCGCCCAGAACAUUAGCUGCCAUCCGGCUGAGGAGGAGGAGGGACCGAUCGUACAGCAGAAAGGGAUCAAGUACGCCAAGGAGGCAGUUGGUCAAAGCAGGCACCAACCGGCAGAUUGUACGGCAGAAAGGGAUCGAGGAGAUUAA